AUGGACCUAAACGGCACUCUACUAUAUCGCCCACAGAAGACAAGGCCCUCGCACUUUGUCGCGCGUCCCCAUGCUGCCAACUUCCUCAAGUACUGUCUGGCUACAUUCCACGUCGCCAUCUGGUCCUCGGCACGCCCUGAGAACGUGGGCAAGAUGGUGGCCAAGUUGCUCACCCCGGAACAGGUCAAGCAAUGUCUCGUCAUCUGGGCGCGCGACCGCUUCGGCCUGUCUCACGAAGACUACAACUCCAAAGUGCAGGUCUACAAAAGACUCAACACUGUAUGGCAAGACGAGCGGGUCGCAACGGCGCACCCUGACGCGGCCAACGGCGGUAAAUGGGAUCAGUCGAACACGGUGCUCGUAGAUGAUUCUUUAGAAAAGGGCAGGAGUGAGCCCUUCAACAUCCUUGCUCUGCCGGAAUUUUCAGGUCUGGCCAACGAGAAGGCUGAAGUGCUGCCGCAGGUCCACGAUUACCUGAACGAGCUGUGCUGGCAGGCAGACAUUAGUAGCUACAUGCGCGCCACGCGUUUCGCGGUGGACGCCAAGUACAAACUACCAUCACAAACAUGA